AUGAGCUUCCAACCCGUCAACCCCCGGCCGUUCUUGCAGGCUAGAGUCGGCACUGAGCUCGUUAUCCGCCUGAAGUGGGGCCAGACCGAGUACAAGGGCACCCUUGAGAGCAUCGACUCCUACAUGAACGUCCUGCUGCGCGAUACGGAGGAAUACAUUGAUGGCAAGCACACCGGUACCCUUGGUCUGGUGCUGAUUCGGUGUAACAACAUUCUUUGGAUGGGCUCGGCGGAUAGCGUGGAGAUGACGGAUCUCGGGUUAAAAUAA